CAUGAGCGUGGAGCUGCUGGGAGCUGGUAGCUUGUUUUGGAGGAGAGUCACCGAGGAGGAGUCACCUGAUUGGCUGGAGCGCAGGGCGGAAGUGCGUCUUGCGUCCCAGCUGUGCUGCUGAAAACAAAACAAGACAAGCAGCGACUGCACCAUGAUGGAUGAGCUGGUGCAGGACCUGGUAUCUGCACUGGAGCAGUCUUCAGAACAGAGCAAGCUCGGGGAGCUGUGGGAGGAAAUGGUCCUGAGUCCGCUGCAGCAGCGCAGGCAGAUCCGCCGCCGAAGAGGCCGCAGGCGCCUCCGCGAGUCCUCCCUGUACCCGGUGGAGCACAGGCGGUGCUGGAUCGAGGCCUCGGAAUCCAGCUUGGACGAGGCCAAAGAGUUCAGGGAGAACUCCUCCUCCGCCGUCACCGCCUCCGUGGCCAACUGCAGCGACUCCGAUGACAUGACUCCGACCAGCAACCGGUGGCCCUCGCUCAUGAGGGGCCCCGUCAGGAUGCGGCAGCCCUCGUGGCCGGAGUCCGACUCCUUCACGGAGAACAAUCCGGGGCGGCCUCUCAGGAGGCGGCGGAAGGUCAAGCGCGUGAGCUCAGACAUAACUCUGAGGCUGCAGCAGAAGUUAAAGGUUUCCGGCAUGGACGGGAGGCAGAAGCACAGGUCGUCUAAGAUGCAGCAUCUGUCGGGAUCGAAGAAGCGGCCCGGUGGUUGGAUGAGAGCAGACAGGCAGGCUGAAGGAGCCAGAAUGAUGGGAAAAGAGUGCUGGAAGAGAAAGAUGGCGAAGGAACACAGAGACACUGCAGACGAAAACAUGUCCGAAGGGGAGACCAGCAGCACAUGCAGCAGUGACCCCGGCCUGUUCACCAACGAUGAAGGAAGACAAGGCGAUGACGAGCAGAGUGACUGGUUCUUCGAGGGCGACUGCGGAGUCGGGACGGGCGUCGCCGGCCUGCUGCCCAGCUGGGAGGCCGACAGCCAACUUUCGCUCGAGGAUAAACAUCCCACCUUCCUGCAGCCCGCACGGCCGUCUGAGAGAGGUUAUCAUUCACGUCUUAAACGAGUGCCCGGCUCUGCCGCCUGCUGCAUCAGAAAGCAAAGGAGGCGGCUUCCCAGCAAGGGCGACGGCGUGCCAGUGUUUGUAGAGAGACUGAGACACUUCUCCCAAGACCCUUACCAGAGAGACUUUUGGCUGCCUUCUGUGGGAAAACGAGACCGAAGCCAGUUGAACCCUUUGUGCCCAUUACCAGUGUGUCCUAUUGACAUGGUGUCAGAGAGCCCCCGUCUCAGAUGUUCCUCCUCAGUCUUCAGAAACAGGCAGACUAACGUCACUCCAGGACUUUUGUGCAGAGGAGACGACAGGAAGAGGAGGGAAGCGGAAGCUGUAGCCAUCACAACAUCAGCUAGCAGCCCAUUUCACAUGGAUCACCAGAGAGAGCCGCAAGGAGCCAGCAACACCUCCACCCUAGAGGACGUGGGACCAAGUGCACCCGUUUCACAGUCCCCUACUUCUGCUCAGCCUGAGAUUUUGUCUUUACUCCAGAGGGACACCUGAAUGGGACUUGACAAUUACACCCAAGUCUGGCAGAACGUGGAGGAAAAGGAAAAAAAAAAAAAGAGCUAUUGUGCCAUAGAAUGAAAAAGGCUCGAACUCCUCUUGCUGCACAAACUUUAAGACAAAGAAAAAAAACCUACAAAGCACAUCAUUACUCUUCAAAUCAGCAUGUUACUGCUACAUCCAGCCCUUCCAGGUAGUAUAUUAAGCAUGACAAAUGUUAAUGCAAUCAAGCCUUGUUAAGCCCUCCGCCAUGUCCUCGAGGAAGAAGGCGGCUUCAAGAGGCUCCUCGUUUGACUCUAGACUUGGCGGCUCCUCCUGUUGCCGCACGGAGUCUCCGGGCCACCUGCCACCACACAAUCCAACAAUUACGUCCACUCUAGUAGCGCCGCAUUUGUCAGCAGGAACACCGGGAGGGUGGUCAGGUGAGGCCGUGUGGCCGGGGGGCGGGGGUGGGAGUCUGCUCUAGUUUGGGGCCGCCAACAAUGGCUUUGCAGCAGCACGUAGCGAGGUCUGAGACAGGAGAGCAUCACAAUGUUUAGCUACCACAUGCUGCUACAGGGUUCAGAGAGGCGACCACCGGUAGAGAGCCACACAAAGUACAGGCUUCCUAUUAGCAUGGAUUUGAAAAGCUACAGUCGGUACAAAGGUGCUCAUUAGCACAACACAGAGGGAGAGUCGUCGCGGUCCUCCGAGGGCCGCCUCUGUUCUCUCCAGGUUACCUUCUAUAUUCAAAUUUCCCCCAAACGCAUUUUAAGUUCAAGGCCGGCUGAAAAUCUGUUUGAACAGCCUGUUUUUUUUUUCCAGCGGCGCCCGACGAGCCGCUUUCGGGAGAGCGGGUGGAGGCCAGCUGAGUUGGAGUUGGAGGAGCCGUAGGAGACGGGAUGGGGGGAGUCGUACGUGGUGUUUUCACCUACCCUUGGGGUAUACAUUUCCCUGGCUCCUGCAGCAUCAGAUGCAUUAAAAGAUCAAUGGCGGCACGCAGCGAGAUCAAACGCGGCGGCUCAAGUCGAGCUGGUAAACGAGCGGUAUUCUCGGAAAAACGCACCCAUGCAGUAAUGUACAUUCUGCUUGACUUGAGCCGUAUAGGUGACGACGGUAGUCGUCUGUAAAACAGAAGCAACACAUGUGCCCGCGUCUGAUUUCACAAAGAAAAGUUUUCUGAAAAUUGAAGGCAUCCAGAAAUCUUCCAGGCACCAAAAGUAACAAGUAUGCACUUUCCUUAAUGAUCACAAUGAUCUUUUUAGUGAAAUGAACUGCACAUGAUCAUCAGCAUUUCUUUUCAGACACUUUAAAGCCUUCUUUAAGAGAAGAAUCGCGUUUAAUAGAAUGAGAUUUGCCAAUUAACGUGAGUUAUACGUCUGCAAUAAUCCGUCUGAGGAGGCUUUAUGUGAUCAUGUUGGAGGGGGAUGACAUUUAUAAAUGCUGUGUGUGCACACCAGUCUAAAUGGAUGCCUUGCGCAAGACACCCUGCCACAGAAAUCAGUCAAAGUGUUGAGGCGAGGGAGCCGCCCGCCCCCCCGACUACCGCUCCGCCUCCUCUUCCUCCUCCUCCUCCUCCUCCUAAUGCGGCUUGACCGGACGCACCGUAGGCUCUACCCGCUCCAAGAAUCUACAUCUGAUUAAUAGGAAUAUCACAGUUUGUGGCUCAUAAUUAGAAAAGAGAAAAAAAAAGCUUUUGAUGAAUACACUGAUUGGUUUUUCAACCCCCUGAGCUGGUUGACAAGUAUUGACUGCGCAGUGUUUUAAGAAGAGCUCUGCGCUGUUUCCUUAUCCGACGGUCUGUGUUGCGGUGCCAGGGCCUUGACAGCGGAGGACGAUGCAUCAGUUCGGAUGGAGUUCCAUUAGAAGCCGGAGAGGAAUACCUCACCUGCCACCUCGGUAAUUAGCAGCCCCCCAUAAUGACAUCUCCUCCAGACCUUAUGCCCCAAAAUGAAUUUUCAAUGGCUAGGAAAUGGGGGGGAACAGCAUCCGUGCAGCCAGUCAAUUGUCCUGUUACAGUUAAGGAAUCCAGCGGGCUGGUACCACUCAUAUUUCAUCCCAGGUAAAGAUUACCUGUCAGGCCCAUGGGAGAUGUAUUGAUCUGUUUUCCUUUUUCCGCCAGCAAUCACCUGACAAAGGCACCUAGGAGGCGAGUGAAUGAGUGAUGCCCGGUCUGUCUGCUCCGGCGCGGUGGCUUCUAGUAGUGUCCACCGGCGGAGUGGAGAGGUGAUGAGGAAGAGGGGAGAUAAUGCAGUCAUAAACUCUGUUUGAACCCCGUCCGUAUGCAUACGGGGCAGCCCCCUUUGAGCCCCACUGGUCACAGGUCGGUGAGGAAAUUUGAGGAAUUUUUUUUUUUUUUCUGGUUCGCAGGCAUUUGCUCUCGCUUUGUAGUGCGCACUGAUGAUGGAAACGCAUGCAAAACAGGUCCUCUUGUUCCUGCUGACAAAUGCAUGUUGCGAGUCACCGCAGUUCAACUCGCUUUGGGUUUCAAAGGCGAUCCAGUUGGCGAUGAAGUCCAACUUCGCGCGUCCUCAUGUUUCCUUUCUACUCUUACUGUGGCAACUAUCCUAGCGGUAUAUUUUACAUUCAUGUUUCCUUGGCAGCUAAAAGUAUUUAGAUAUUUGCCUUGUUCGGUGGAAUGUCAGAUAUUACCCAUGACGGCGUACGUUUAAAGUGAUAAAAUGUGUAGUAUUUAUGAUGUGAUAAUUAUGCACCCAUUAAUUGAGGAUUUAAGUCCCGAGGACAUUUAAUUCAAUUUAGUGAUAGAUAGUGCAGUAGAUAUGCCUCUCUAAUUUUUUUUUUUUACUAUCGUGCUUUUUUUAAUUUUGAUUUACAGGGAUUUAAAUAUAUCUUGCUCAUAUCAGGGCUCCAAGGCAGCUAUCCACAUUUGAUACAUAGUACAAAUAGCAUCUUAUCGCUGAGGCUGUUAUCUUUAUGUUUAAUAGCAGUGUAGGCAUGCCUAAUUGCUUUGCAAAUGAUCUAAAGAGGAUUACCCCUUCCUUAGAAAGCCUGCACCAUGUCACUAGAUGUUAGAGAGACAACACAAUGGUAGAAUUCAAUCAAACCUGCAGUGCGGCGUUUAUGCAGUAGGAUCAUCGUUUAGCGUCGUGUCAAAAAACAAAAUUCCAGGAACAGGAAGGGUACUUCGCUGUUCGAUAAACUCUAGUCUACUUGUGUAUUUUAAAAGUGCUAAAAGUGGGUUUUUUAAAGAAUACCUUGCCUUCAUGUGAUGUUAUAUUUAUUCCUCCAUGUCAUGAGUAUUAGUAGGAAAAAAAAACAGCAGCUCAUUUUAAAGACUGAAUUUGUGUGCAAUAAAUCAGCUUCAGUGUC